AAUAAGUAACUAGCCCCUAAACUAAAAAAAUGAGCAAAUAGGCCCUCAAUCCAAAAAAAUCAGAACAAAUUAGCCCCUCUGCUAAUGGAGAUUCGUUAUGCCGUCUGUUGACUGGUUUGCGUGGCAUCGCCUUUACACGUUGCAUCUGGCCAAACCUCCAUACCCAAAUCAAAGUUUUUGCAAGAAAUUUAGAAUCAUGGUAGAGAAGAGAAAAAAAAUGCAUCACUACUUUGUACUAAUUUCAAGUUUUCUAAAAUCUGAAAUCUCCAAACAAGAAUUUAAAAAAAAAACAAAGAAACAGAUUUGGGAACCCCUUCUUCUCCUCGUUCUUCUUCUUCUGCUUCCUUUCUCUCUCUUUUUCCUCAUCCUUCUCCUUCCUAGCACCAGUCAUUGUGACAGCAUUGUGGCUAUAUCAGGACCUAUGGUUCACCAUUCGGCGAGCUUUGGUGUCGACAGAGUACUCUAGCUUCAUGGUCGUUGCCCCCAUGAGCAUUUCGAUGUUGAACUCUUAAAUUCAGAUCUAGAUUUUUCCAGAUUUUUUUUUUUUCAAAGUUCUGUUUUGAGCUACAGUGAAUAUGAAGAAGACCAGAUGAUGCGGUGAAGAAGAGGCGGACAAAUGAAGAAGGAAAAACAAAUGGAAAAGAAAUUUGAAGAAAAAGAUGAACUUUGG